AUGUCAGAACGAGGAAAUCAUCGGGGAAGCCGCCGCGGUGGCCGUGGAGGGGCGGGCCGUGGCAGCCAUGAAGGCGGCCGAGGAGCACAUGGUGGGCAGGGCGCUGAACGAGCAAAAAAGGAGAAUAUCCUCGACCUCAGCAAGUACCUGGACCAGAAGAUUGCCGUGAAGUUCACAGGUGGCCGUGAAGUUACAGGCACACUGAAAGGUUAUGAUGCUCUCAUGAAUCUCGUGCUCGAUGACGUAGAAGAAAUGAUGCACGACGAAGAAAACAAAAUUACCACCCGACCGCUCGGUCUCAUCGUUGCGCGAGGGACUCUUCUUGUUCUAAUAAGCCCCAUGGAUGGGAGUGAAGAGAUUCCGAACCCAUUUGUGCAGCCUGAAGACUGA